AGAGAGGUUUUCAACAGGCUAUGUUCUAGAAAUAUAUUUGAAGUAGGGAUGCGUUUUUGUGCUUUUGGAAGAUACUACGAUAUUGGGAAUCUACAUUGAUAAAAUUAAGUAUUUCAUGAGGUUGCAUAACUUUUGUAGAUGACAAUGUUCAGAACACAUGUAUGUGCAAGAUGUAAUGAGGGAAUUAAUGGAGAAAGAUGGAUAAAGGAUAAAUUCUAAUGUAUGGGCUAUAGUAUUUAUAGGUUGCGUUCAUCAAUGGCUAGUUGUGAAGAUGGGAAAUCUCAGUAUAUGGGAGGAUUUUGACAUAAUGUGUAAUAAUUGCUGGAGAUGGUACACAAACACCAUCUUUGCAUUUGUGAUGGUUGCUGUGUAUGCUUCUUUUUUCUGUUUUUCAUAAUGGUUGGGAAAUGCAAGGCUGCUAGGAAGUGAAUAGGACUAAUAUAGUUUAUGGUUUUGUAUGUUUCUCUAUUUCAGGAAGGUUGGGAAACGCAAGGCUGCUAUUAAGGCAGAUAAGAGUAGCAAAAGACAGGCCAAGAAGGAAAAAAAGGCCGAAAAAGAUCCUAACAAACCAAAGAGGCCUCCUAGUGCUUUCUUUGUUUUCCUUGAAGAGUUCAGGAAACAAUACAAGCAGGAACAUCCCAAUGUGAAGGCUGUCUCAGUUGUUGGUAAAGCUGGAGGAGAGAAGUGGAAAUCAUUGUCUGAUGCUGAGAAAGCUCCAUAUGAAGCCAAAGCUGCAAAAAGGAAGAGUGAAUACGAAAAGCAAAUGUCUGCCUACAACAAGAAACAAGAAAGUGCGACUGAUGACGGUGAUGAGGAAUCUGAUAGGUCAAAGUCUGAAGUCAAUAAUGAGGAUGAAGAGGAAAGUGGAGAGGAGGAGGAAGAUGAGGAUGAGGAUUGAAAACGGGGACAUCUUGACUACUAUGGCAUUACAGAGAAGCCUGGAUGUGUGACUGUGCCGUAGGUCAAAGUUGCCGGCCUUUGAAAUGAUAAACGAUGUCGUUCUUGUGCCUUUCUAUUUCCAUGUUAGGCUUUGUAUAUUUGUUUCACUUAUCUUGCUUUUAUUCCCAGUGGAACCUAUGCUUGCAAAGGAUACUCAUCCUUGUAUUAGUCUUAUUAGUUGCUAUUUUUUAAUCCCAACCAUAAAACUAUGAUAAAUCCCUUUUGUUGGAGCAUUUGCAUUCCUGA